AUUUAAGCAAAUGUCCACCGAUGAUCUCCAUUUAGUUGUCGAUUGGAGGUACAUCUAAAAAGACGAGAAAAAAUAUUAAAAAUGCGUGCGACUACUUUGGUGUUCGGUCUGCUCUUCGUGGCCAGUUGCUCGAUGGUCUUGGCCAGGCCUCAGGAUCAGGAUAGUUCCAGCACCACCACCCCCAGCACCACCACAACUAGCAGUACUACUCCCAGCACCACAACUACUACUACUACCACUACUACUACUCCCAAGCCAACAACGACAACUACAACCACAACGGAGAAGCCCAAAUCGGAGUCUACCACUGCCAGUACUACGACUACCUCCACUACUCCCAGCACCACCACUAGCUCCACCACUCCCAGCACUACGACUAGCUCCACCACCCCCAGCACCACCACCACAACUACCACCACCACCACUCCUAAGCCCGAUGAUGAGGCCGAGAAGCUGCUGAAACAGUGCGAGGAACUGAAGCGACGCCACAAGCGCGGCAACUCCUCCUCCUCCGAGGAGGACGACAGCGGCGAGAAGAAGUCCGCCAAGAAGGAGCGCAAGCAGCUGAAGAAGCUCUGCAAGCAACUGAAGAAGCAGCAGGAGAAGAAACAGGAGCGGGCCCAGCAGUCGGCCCUCUCGGAGCUCUCCGACGCCCUCAAGAACUACGCCCAGAAACAGAAGCAGAAGAACUAAGAGACAUUCUCUUAAAUUUAUUUUAAUUUAAGCUCUGCUCCUUAAACAUAAAUUAAUUGAUUUUUUUUUUUGUUGCUUAAGUGUAAAAAUUUUUUAAAAAGAAAUAUAAAUAAAUUAAAUAUGAAUUUACUUUAA